CCAUCAAGGCGAGCAGGAUGGAAGUGAGAGAUGCCAAUGCUGCUAUGCUAAGCAAUUAUGAGGUCUAUAAGCUGCUGACAGACUUGAAAGAGAAGAGGAAGGAAAUUGUUAAAAAUAAACGCAGCUCUGGGCAGCAGAAUCUCAACACCAUCAUGUAUGAGACCCUGAAGUAUCUUUCCAAGACACCAUGUGUUCAUCAGAACCCAGAGACGGUGAAAGAUUUCCUUUCUGCGAUGCUGCCUCACAAGCUCACAAAAGCUGAGAAACUGCAACUCCUAAACUACAGACCUCAGACGGCCGUUGAGAUCCAGCUGGUGGUAGAGGAGAGUGAGGAAAGACUGACAGAAGAACAGAUAGAUGAACUUAUACAGAAAGUCACAGACAUCCUCCCUGGUGACCCUCUGGAAGGAGGAGAUGCAUCUGCUGACCCUGAGAUGGAGACGGAGGGAAACGAAUAGCAUCCUUUCUGCUUACUUUAGUGGUGUGACGCUUUCAUUCUUGACCACAGAAGAAAUUUGUUUCAGAUUUGUAGGCACUGCGAAUCCUCAAGAAAUCUACUGUUGAUUUUCAUUAUAUUAAUGAGAAUGCAUGUCAGGUAAAUUUCUGAACAAAAAAUGUUAUAUCUAAAUGAUCUAGUGUCACAAAUCUAAUAAAAACGUGUAUUUAUUUACCUUAAUGUAUAUAUUGUAAAGGCAUGUGGUGAAAAGAAAUGCCAAAUAUGAUUUUAUGAUUAUUUUAACUUUUUUCAAACACAUUUGUAGCAGUUAUAGUGAUGAGGUGGGGGUAGAUAUAAUCUUCUGGAGUCUGAAUAGAUGAGCUAAUUUCCUAUGGCAUCCUUCCUGUAUUGCUUCUCUUUCAUUUAUUUUCCAUUAAAUUAUCAGUGCCCAUUGUAAGUUUUCAUUUGAGAUUUCAGACCGAUUGAGCAAAGCAAAACUGAUUUGAAUAUAGGCCAUUUAGUAUGUUAUUAUGUCUGUUUACAAUUUGCCAAGCUCUCUCUGCUGAAUUGACUGUGCAAAUGAGGUGGCAUAAUGUGUAACAGCAGGAUUUUACUGAGCUUUUCUAACAUCUAAGUUUACCAAGGCAUGUGUUUUUUUAUCAUUUGUCAGCACCCAAUAUGAAUCAUCUAUUCAAGACACUUUCUCCUGCACUUAACAUUUCAGGGCUUCAGACAUCCACAAAAUUAACAAAUGAUCACUUGGUAAUUUUGGUAACACUUAGAAGUUUCCAUUUGUUAACAUUAGUCAACAAGAACUAACAAUUAACAAUACUUUUUAAGCAUUUAUUAAUCUUGGUUAAUGUUAAUUUGAACAAAUACUGCUACAGUUUUAAAAUCUGUAGAUCUUGUAUAUAAUUAUUGUGUUGUGUAAGUAUGUGUACAUCUGAUAUGUAAAUUGUAUUGUGUAAAUAUGUUGUUUAUUGUAAUUGGUAUAUGUCUCGUCACUGUCAUGACUGCUAUGUUGCUCGGACCUGCACACAAGAAUUUCACCUACUGUUGCACUUGUGUACAUGGUAGUGUGACAAAGUGAUUUGAUUUGAAAUCUAAAAUGUAUUUGUUAACAUUAGUUAAUUCACUAUAAAUUAAAAUGAACAAUAUUUUUACUAACUAACAUAAGAUUAAAAAAUACUGUUAUAUAUAUAUAAAUAAAUCAUGAUACCUAAUGCAUUAACAAAUGUUAAAAAAAAUUUAACCUUUAUGCAAAGUGUUACCAUAAUUUUUAUGUUGUGCUGAUCAAUAUGUCUCCUUGGGCUUGUAUUGAAAUUUAGUGGUGUGGGUAAAGCAGUUAUCAGUCACCUAUGUCAUUGUAGAAGUUUUAUUCAGUCAAAAAUACUGAGUGCAACUAAGUUGUUGAUCAUUAAUUGCUAGUUGAUUUCAAACGUAUUGACGAUUUAAAGAAUGUGAUGUUUAGUAUGUUUAUGUUUGGCAAAAUAAUAA